CCGCCGGAGGGCUCGCGGCUAUAAGGGCUGAGGCCGCGCCGGAGCGGGAGCCGGAGCUGCAAGGAGCGCGAAGCGCACGGAGCUCGGAGGACCCACCCGACCCGACCCGACCAGCCGCAGCGGAGCGAAGCCAGGAUGUGCGGAAUCUUUGCUUACAUGAACUACAGAGUUCCCCGGACAAGGAAGGAAAUUUUCGAGACCCUCAUCAAGGGCCUGCAGCGUCUUGAGUACCGAGGCUAUGACUCGGCAGGUGUGGCUAUCGAUGGGAACAAUCAUGAAGUCAAAGAAAGACACAUCCAGCUAGUCAAGAAAAAAGGCAAAGUGAAGGCUUUGGAUGAAGAACUUUACAAACAAGACAGUAUGGACUUAAAGGUGGAGUUUGAGACGCACUUUGGCAUUGCCCACACGCGCUGGGCCACACACGGAGUCCCCAGUGCUGUCAACAGCCACCCACAGCGCUCAGACAAGGGCAACGAAUUUGUUGUCAUCCAUAAUGGGAUCAUCACAAAUUACAAAGACCUGAGGAAAUUUCUGGAAAGCAAAGGCUACGAGUUUGAGUCAGAAACAGACACAGAAGCGAUCGCCAAGCUGAUUAAAUACGUGUUUGACAACAGGGAAAUCGAGGACAUUACAUUUUCAACGCUGGUCGAGCGAGUUAUCCAGCAGUUGGAAGGAGCAUUUGCAUUGGUUUUCAAGAGCAUCCAUUACCCAGGAGAAGCUGUAGCCACGAGGAGAGGCAGCCCACUGCUCAUCGGGGUGCGGAGCAAAUACAAACUCUCCACAGAGCAGAUCCCCAUCUUAUACAGAACGUGCAAUAUUGAGAAUGUAAAGAAUAUCUGUAAAACGAGGAUGAAGAGACUGGACAGCUCCACCUGCCUUCACGCGGUGGGCAACAAAGCCGUGGAAUUCUUCUUUGCUUCUGACGCAAGUGCCAUUAUAGAACACACCAACAGAGUCAUCUUCCUGGAGGAUGACGACAUCGCUGCAGUGGCUGAUGGGAAACUCUCCAUUCACCGAGUCAAACGCUCAGCUAGUGAUGACCCAUCUCGAGCCAUCCAGACCUUGCAAAUGGAAUUGCAGCAAAUCAUGAAAGGUAACUUCAGUGCAUUUAUGCAGAAAGAGAUCUUCGAACAGCCAGAAUCCGUCUUCAAUACCAUGAGAGGCCGGGUGAACUUUGAGACCAACACAGUACUCCUGGGCGGCUUAAAGGACCAUUUGAAGGAGAUUCGACGGUGCCGCAGGCUCAUCGUGAUUGGCUGUGGAACCAGCUACCACGCGGCUGUGGCUACACGACAAGUGCUGGAGGAGCUGACCGAGCUCCCUGUCAUGGUUGAACUUGCUAGUGAUUUUCUGGACAGGAACACACCUGUAUUCAGGGAUGACGUUUGCUUUUUCAUCAGCCAGUCUGGCGAGACCGCGGACACGCUCCUGGCGCUGCGCUACUGCAAGGACCGCCGCGCGCUCACCGUGGGCGUUACCAACACCGUGGGCAGCUCCAUCUCGCGCGAGACCGACUGCGGUGUCCACAUCAACGCGGGCCCCGAGAUCGGCGUGGCCAGCACCAAGGCCUACACCAGCCAAUUCAUCUCCCUGGUGAUGUUCGGCCUGAUGAUGUCCGAAGACCGAAUUUCACUCCAAGACAGGAGGCGAGAGAUCAUCCGCGGCCUGAGGGCCUUGCCUGAGCUGAUCAAGGAAGUACUGGCCCUGGAAGAGAAGAUCCAUGACCUGGCACUGGAGCUGUAUACACAGAGAUCCCUCCUGGUCAUGGGCAGGGGUUAUAACUAUGCCACGUGUCUAGAAGGAGCCUUGAAAAUUAAAGAGAUAACCUACAUGCACUCAGAAGGCAUCCUGGCUGGGGAGCUGAAGCACGGGCCCCUGGCACUGAUUGACAAGCAGAUGCCAGUCAUCAUGGUCAUCAUGAAGGAUCCUUGUUUUGCCAAAUGCCAGAAUGCUCUGCAACAGGUCACGGCCCGGCAGGGUCGCCCGAUUAUACUGUGCUGCAAGGAUGACACAGAAAGUUCUAAAUUUGCCUAUAAAACCAUCGAGCUGCCCCACACAGUGGACUGCCUCCAGGGCAUCCUGAGCGUGAUCCCACUGCAGCUUCUCUCCUUCCACCUGGCUGUGCUCCGAGGAUACGAUGUUGACUUCCCCAGAAACCUGGCCAAGUCUGUCACUGUGGAGUGAGCAGAAUCGCCACCUCUUGUCUGCUUCAAGACCUGUCACAUGGUAGACGCCACAAGAGAAAAGUGAGCACUCCCCAGUGCCACGUGCUCCCAGUAGAGCUUGACAGCUUCGAUGUGCCUUGUACCCAAGUGCUUUUGCUUACAGCAGAUACUGUUUCUCUGUGUCCUGAAGUCGCCCGAGGAGAAGGGGUCAUUGUUUACAUGUGGGGAUCAGAGCAGACUUUUCCAAUGCUGUGCAAUAUACAGCUCUUUCAGAGUAACUGUGAACCUUUUUAAACCGACACUAGUUUUAAAAAACAAAAGUAUUUAUAAUGAUGAUUGUACAGCUUUUAAGUUAUUUUUCUAGUGUGUGGCUUUCCGUAGCCAUGGUAAUGCCCAAUCUCUCCAUCUCAGCUACCCAGUGCACUGGCACUGGGCUCACUCCUGGUGAGUCCUCAUCUCAGACUGAACAUGAGGCUUUGACCUUCUGGAUUUCUGCCCUUUCCCCCUCUCUGGGCUGCUCCUGGAUCCUGGCCUCUGCUGUCAGUGAAGCCCAGUGGUCUCCUCUGCCUCCCAUAAGUCCAGUUGAAAUUUCAGUUUCCUUCAAUACUUUCUUCUAUUCUAGGGUCCAAACCCUACCAACUCUCUGACUUAGGUUUAAUCAGACAGCAGUUCUUUUUAAGCCCAAGUGACCUGUCGGCUCCUGCUCUCUACCCAUUGUAAAAUAGCUUGAAAUGUCCCAUGCAAGAGGGUAAUUUUAAGUGGGCUACCCUGGUCUCUAUUUAAAAGUGUACACAAUCAAAGUACUAUGCAAUUUUAAGUCAAUAAAUAUAGUAUUUACAUGUA